UCAGUUCUUGGCCACCUCUCUCGUUCGUCGUGUCGCGUUUCUUCUCUCCGCGUUCGUAUCGCGUUGUCGAUCGCUCCGCGAACGGUGUUCGAGUUCGCGCGCAACAAGCAGGAAGAACCCGGUUGGACGAAUAUAUCGCGCGUCGCGUCGUGAAUUACGCGCGAGAUCUUGGCACAAGAGAAAUCUCGAAGGAACGACGUAAGAGAAAGCGAGAAAGAGAGAAAGAUAGAUAGAGAAGGAAAGAGAGCGAGAGCACUGAUCCAAAAAGCAAAAAUGUCAGAGAUUGACGCGAAAGUGAACAUGUCGCUCGGUAAGUCGCCAGAGUCCCGACGGUCUAACGGUUUCGCCAGGAGCCCCGGGUGAGCCCGCGGUUCGCACGUCGACCACGUCGUGUCCACCCUGCCCCGCGUUGGGCGAGACGGGAUCGACAAGAUGGCGUCGGUGUGGGCUAUAUGCGUGAUGCCCGGCGUGCUUGCGUAUACGUGCGUAGAGUACCUGCAUUUAUUUUUCACUUUUACGUAACGAGGACGUCGUUUUCACGUCGUGGUCGUCAUGUCCCCCCUUCUCCUGGUCUCUUCACGAUGAAGGGCAACAUCGGGAAACGGGAUAACCUUCCCUGCGUGCCGAUCGAUCGAUAAGGCUCGUUCGUUAAGGCGGGAUCGCGAGGGAGGGAACGUUCUUGAACGUUCUUCAAGAGAGAGCGAGAAAUAGGCGAGGAAGGGGAGUCCACGAGGUUUCGUUCUUACACAUUUGUUUCUCGUGUCGCUUGGUCGGUCAUUCGAUGAUCGCAAAUUGCUGUUUCAGCCAGCAGGUGGAAGGAAGGGAGAAACGAAUAGAACCACGUGGAAGCGGUGCGGGAAUCUUUUCAGCCUGAAAGAUUCUACGAUCACGGUUACUCGUGAUUUAUUUGGCCAUCGGAAAGAGGAGUGUCUAGGAGCAGAUUGAUUGGGAAUCAAAGUAGCGAGGAUGGUUUGUGCCAGCAGAUUCUUAUGCAAGGGAACGUUGAGGCGACGUUUGCCUCAAAUCGUACUCCGCGAUUGCAGUUGUUUGCCUCGGGAAGAAAUCGGUGUCCAGAAGACAUAUCAACAUCUGAGAAACGUGAUUGGAAUACCAGAAUUUGUGUCGGAAUGUUAUAUGGAACGUCGUUUUGUAUUUGCCUCAAAUAAUGUUUCUGCGAUCGUAAUUGCUUGCCCUGGGAAGAAACUGGAAACAUAGGUACAUCGACAUCCGAGGAAACGCGAGCGAAACAUCGGGAAACGAUCCGAGAGUUCAUGCCAAGAUAUGCGGGACAUUGUUUUAUAUUUGCCUCGAAUAAAUGUAUUUCGCGAUCGGAGACCAUUGCUUGCCUCGGGAAGAAAAUGUCCAAGAAGCAUAAGUUGAAUAUCCAGGAAACGCUCCAAGAAUUCAUGCCAGGAUAUUGUACAAUUCGCCGUUUUAUUCGUCUCAUAAGUAAUUAUAUUUCGCGAUGGUAAUUGCUUGCCUCGGGUGUUUAGGGAACACGAGCACACGUCGACAUGCAGGAGACGCGAUUAUAAUAACGGGGAAGCUGUUCCAGAAUUUUAUGUGAGGAAUCGUGUCACGUCCGCCUUAAAUGAUUGUAUCUUACAGUCGCAAUUGUUUACAAUCUUUUGCCUUGUUUCAAGAAGAGGGGAACGUCUGUGAUGUACUUUGCAACAGGAAACUCGGUCGAAAUACCGAGAAGGCAAAUCAAGAACACUCGCCAGAAAUCUCUCGCGCCUGGGAUCGUUCUGUGUACGGAUCAACUCGUGAUAAAACGUUACAUCGGCUGCAUCUACACUGUCACUUCCCCUAACAAUAUUUCUUGGUCGCAUAAAUGAACAUGAAGUUGCUCGUUGUAAUUGUUAAUGCGUAUCACGCACGUACGACUGAUUUCCCUUUGAUUGAAAAUAACGUCUGCAUCGUCACGUUGGAAUGCGAUUUUCGAACGUCUUGAAAAUCGCGAUCUUCUCGGCUUGCAACGCUUGGAUCUUCGCGAUAACGCGAAAUGGCCCACGGCGAUUCAGUUACGGAAGAGAAAUCGGAGCGAAAUUUGCAGCGACGAGAUCGUGAAUCACGCUGCUGCCGAUACAGAUUACGCAAUACGUGUUACGGAGAUUCACGAUCCAUCGUUAUAUGUAUCGCUAAUUUUCCCGAUAGAUUCCCAUUAGAAAUCAUCAUCCCGAUAGAGAAAAGAGAUCGUUGGAGCAUCAAUAACGUCUCGAACAGCUUCGUUUCGGUGCAGUCUCGUUUCGGUGCAUUUUGCGAACGGAGAAGAUGGGCGAACGGCUGAGAAUUUCGGAAGACUGUGCCAAGCGUCGUGUGACUCAUCCCUCACGAAAAAUCACGCUCUCUCUUCACGCGUGGGACAAGCGCAGGGCUUGCGUAAUCCUAUAUUUUUAUCCGUUGCAUCGCGAACAACUUUUACUCGCCGAGCGGAUGCCAAGUAUGGGAAACGGGACUCGCUCGUGAUGUGCAUGCUGGGCGCAACGUUAUCUCUACCGCAAAAAACUCGUGUGACAGCAUUCAGCGAAACGAUAAAUAACUUAAUUUCGUCUUUGUUUCGCUCCUAUCGUCCCUAUCGCUACGGUGAACGUGAGAGAAAUGCAGAAAUGCUGCCUUCGAUUUGCAGAACCAGACGCAAAUUAAACCGCACCUCCUCGAUCUGUGGGACGCUACUCCAAAUCGAAUUACAAUCUAUUGACAAUGCAUUUUUAUAAUAUUCGCUGGCAAUCCGAAAAUGCAGGUACUCUAGUAGGCAAGCUUUAAUAAUGUUCCGAUGAGAUUUCAUCGCGAUCAGUCGUUUUUUGAUGUUGGCAAGCAAUCCCAGGGCAGGGAUAUAUUUGCGUUACUUAUUUGUAUCGAUCAACAUGGCAAUUGUUUAUACGGGCUCCUUGAAAGUUUUCGAAAUGUAAGAGGUAACGAUCGAAUGGAAGGCCUUGUCACGAGAACUACGAGAAGAAUCACUGACUGGCUCAUGAGAAAUCAGCUCGUAAGAAAGUCACGUAAAUGUAACGAAAGGAAGAGGACAGAGUAAAGAGACAAUUCACAAGAUGUGUAAUGUAAAAAUUUCUGGGAAGCAGCGUCGCAUUAAUGGAGGAAACAUGAACUCAGCCGGCGUCUUGUCUUUAAUUGCACACCAUUUUGAAGUGAUCCAUAAAGCAGCGAAUGACAAUAAACAAAGACAGAAAUUAACGGGCAUUAAAAAUAAAAAAAUGCAAUACAAAAUAUAUAUUGCAUAUGAGAUCAUAAAGAUGGAGAAAAAGAAAAAGAUUGCGGCGAUCAACGGAAAGAUCGGCGGCGCCAAGCGCAAUCGCGGUGCUGUUCGUGGUCGAGGUGGAUUUAGAGGACGAGGUGCGAGAAUCAAGCGCAAUGUCGGACCCAUUCUGAAGAAUCAACAGCAACAGAAUUGGCAGCGCAAUGCGAAUACCGCGAGUAACGCGCGCGGUGGUUUCGCUCGGAAUCGCUUUAAGAGGAAUGGCCAUCUCGCGAGGUCGCGCAGCAACUUGAGCCUGAAUCAGAAGGCGAACAAUGUGAGAGGAGGCGCGUUCAAUGUGCGCCGUGGCAACAGAGGCAACAGAUUCGGUCUUACUCGUAGCCGGAGCCGCACGAACCUGACGUUCAAUCAGGGCGGCUUCUUCACUAACAACAAGAGCCCGCUGAAGCGAACGAGCAGUUUGCCCAAUUUGCGAGAUCCGAAUUCUGUCCACAAUCGUCUGGGGUAUCAGAGCCCCGCUCAGAUUGCCUAUCGAAAUCGCGUGAAACGAGCGAAGCAGCUGCUGUUACAGAGACAGAAUCAGCGAUUAAACUUACAGAAUCAAUUUAGAAUGGCACAGACCGGCCAGAAGAUCGGUUUACAUCCAAUGCAGCCGAGAACUUUGGGAAGACAACAGAUACUAACGUCGCAACGUCGCUUUACUACCGGCGGACUACGAUCGGAUCAGAUAGCUCGUGCACAGAGACGGGCGCAAUACGAACAGAAAUUGAUGCGAAUGAACUCCGCCCGGAUGACCCCUACUCCGAACGUCAAUUUCAUGUGCACAUUGGGAAGCGAAUACAUGCCUACCACUACCCGUCAGCGACCACUCACCCUCGCUCAGAGUCGACAACCCGCGACCAUUAGUCCGCGACAAUUGCCCAGAGGACGAUCGCCGUACAGGCAAAGCGCACAGGGUUUAAAUAUGGCUGGGCGAGCACCAUUAUUUGGCCGGCAGCGCUCGAGAUCAAGAUCGCGAUCACGCUCGCGUACGCAUAACACAACUACAUCCGAUUCCAGCGGAGACGUCGACGAUCGUAAUUUCAGCGAAGUUAUGUAUAGCCUGUCAGGGAAUCUCGGCGUUACGGGGCGAACUCUUAACGAACGAUUUAGCUUUUAAGUAGCAGCGUCGCAAAUUCGACUUAAAUAUCGAACACAUUACUGAUCUAUUCAUAAUUUACCCGUAACGCUAGAAAUAAAAAGUAAUUUUUGUUUUAACAAUGUAGACAAUCCUUAUUGUUUUCCCUUUUAUUAAGUACACCAGUGUUAUUAACAUCAAAUUACUCUACAAUGCGUUAAUUAACACAAUGUCUCCACAAGUAUACAAAUACUUUUUCGUUUGCCCUAAUUGCAAAAUUGCAAUUGAGUUUACCUAAAAUAUUGCUUCUUCACAUUUGCAGCGUUAAUAUAUGUACAAAUUACUUUUAGAGAAUAUCACGAUAGACAGUAAUCACACUUUCAUCCGGAAUAUAUGAUAGUAUGCGUGGAUAAAAUAAAGAGUGAUUCUUAUGCCUGUUACACGAUUAAAGGCAGAAAUCUCAUUUUUUCAUCUACGUGCAAUAACUUUGUAUAAAAUCUUCAGUAUUUUUUCGUUAAUACAUGUAGGCGAAGAAAGUUAUUUAAAUACAUCUAGCAAUUUCGAGGAUGAUUUGUUGAAAUUUUGAUAUUUAGUAUGAUUUAGUAUGAAAGAAGAUUUGCAUAAUUACAUAUUUAUGUAUAAGAUAAAGCGCGUACUUUUCAAUUGUACUUUUUUUUUGCUUUGAGAAAUAUACAAAUCUUGGCGAUUAGUUAUCCAUCUUCUUAAAUUGAUAUUGACUUUAAGUUAUCUUCAAAAUAUAAGCGCGAGAUAUUUGGAUAUAAAGAAAAGUAAUUUGUGAUUUACAUAUUAUAUUAUAUGUAUAUAUAUAAUCGCAUUUUUUUUCAUUUUUAGUAAAAUUCGUGAUUUAGAUUUACAAUUUGCGAGAUUGUACAACAAUAUGAUAAAAUACAUGAAUCGGAGGUAGGAGUAAAUGAAUUUUUGCGUUGUAUUUUGAUUCAAUUGUAUAAGAGUACGUCUAUUUAACAAAUAGAUGUAUGUUUGCGUCGAGGUAGAUUUUAUUGAAUUACUGUUAAAUUGUGAGUUUAAAUUGUAGCGUAAUAUCAUGUUUCAUAUAAACUAUUUCAAUUAACAAG